UCAAUAUUUCAACCUAGCUUUUUUCUAAUUGAUAUCACCACCUCUUAUGAUUUAAACUUAUUUUGUAUGAUUUUAUUGCGUGCCUUUACCUAAUUUACCUAAAUGGAGACACCUCGUGAACACGGCAACACGGCUUUGCUGUGUUCACAAGGUGUCUCCAUUUCAAGCGAUCAUGAGCAAGUUACCAGGCCGAGUAAGGAUCGUAGUUGAUGAGGGACAGGUCCUUCACUGUGCGGAUCCAUGACUGUCUUGGGCGGCCACGCGAUCCAGUCCGGUGGCGCUCGGUCUAUGACAGCUUCUAAAGCCCGGUAAUUAUCCUUCAUGGGACUGCAUGAGCUGUGUGACCAAAGAAGUUUAGACGACGCCUGAACAGGAGUGAGGAAACGGAGGGCUGCUGUUCUUUUCACCUCAACGUUGGUGACGCGAUCGCGAUAGGUCAGACAAAGGAUCUUGCGCAAGCACCAUUGAUCUGUAGCGUCUAGCUUUUUCAAAUGAGCGCCAGUAGUUGACUGACAACGCCUCGCAUACAUAGACAGCACGGGGAUGAUGUAUGCGUUAUGCAAUCGAACUUUGGUCGUCACCGAAAUGCCCGAGUGCCAUAUACCACGAUCCAGGGACCUCAUACACGCGCGAACAAUGAUGAUUCGACGAGUGUAUUUGGGAGCCGAGAUAUGGAAAAGAAUCCACAAUCUGUACGUCAUUACCCAGCACAGAGACAGACGCGGGUGGCGGAUCGCCCAGAGAGUUUGCCUGGAUUUCUCAACCAAAAGGCUUUGCCUCCUCGGACAUAGUAGCCAACGACAGUAAGAGAACAUCUCGCAUAUCAGCCAGGCAAAUGAUGAGGUCGGUGGGCAUGGUGAAGUGAAACGAGUCCUCAAGUGCGCUGUAAAAGAGAUCUUUGGUCUGAGCCGUCGCUUUUUUAGUUGGCGCGUAGCAGACAAUCACUGACAUCCAUAUCGAUGUCUGAAACGAGCAACCAUCAGCCUUUCACUGAUCAGGUCCAAUAUUAUGGGAUAAUAACAAUCGGUACACCACCACAAUCCUUCAAAGUGGUCUUUGACACUGGCUCCUCAAAUUUGUGGGUGCCAUCAAAAAAGUGCAAGUGGACUGAUAUUGCUUGCUGGAUACACAACAAGUAUGAUGCAACCAAGUCAUCCACCUACAAAUACAAUGGGACCGACUUUGCAAUCCAUUAUGGAACUGGCAGCUUGACUGGUUACUUGAGUCAGGAUGUUGUCAAUGUUGGAGGUAUUGAUGUAGUCGAUCAGUUGUUUGCAGAAGCAAUAACACAGCCUGGCAUUACUUUUGUGGCAGCCAAAUUUGAUGGCAUAUUAGGCUUGGCUUACCCUAGCAUUGCAGUGGAUGCAGUGUUGCCUGUCUUCAACAACAUGAUCAAACAAGGACUGCUAGAGAAGCCUGUGUUCUCUUUCUAUUUGAACAGGGACGAGACGUCAUCAGAUGGCGGUGAGAUUAUAUUUGGAGGAAGUGAUCCAGAUCAUUAUGAAGGCAACUUUACUUACGUUGAUGUUACAAGGAAAGCUUAUUGGCAGUUCAAACUAGACGGAAUCCAAGUGAACAAGAAAUCAGCAGAAUGUUCAAAUGAAAACAAUAACAAGAAGGUGGAGGGCUUAUAUUGUAAUGGUGGAUGUCAGGCCAUAGCAGACACAGGCACGUCACUAAUUGUGGGCCCCAGUGAGGAAAUUCGCAACUUGAAUUUGGAGAUUGGAGCUUUGCCAAUCAUCAAAGGAGAGGCAAUCAUUGACUGUGGCAAAAUUGAUUCACUGCCCCCCAUAACAUUUGUCAUUAAUGGAAAGCCAUUUGUUCUUAAUGGAAAGGAUUACGUUAUUGUUAUGAGCUCCUUUGGCAAGAAGGUGUGCAUCAGUGGCUUUCUUGGAAUGGACAUUCCCCCACCUGCUGGUCCCUUGUGGAUUCUCGGAGAUGUUUUUAUUGGCAAAUUUUACACGGAAUUUGAUUUCGGAAAAGAUCGAAUAGGAUUUGCUGCAUCUAAAGAAAUUCAAACUGAUUAUAUUGGAUUACCCAAAUACAACCACUUCAGAGCUUUCGAUGAACUCUAAUUGUUUAAAACUUUUCCAAACAUUACCUAAUUUUUAUUCUCAACAACAAUUUUUACCACUAACUUUUAAAUAAAAUUUCUUUUUUAUUUUUAAAA